CGUUGAAUAUACACGUCCAAAUCGUGCUGGCAAUAUUAGCAGGUUAAAUAUAUAUAUAUAUAUGUGUGUGUGUGUGUGUUACUCACUGGAAGUGUGGGAAAGUGAGGCACAGACAGAGGCGACGAUCAGGAUCUGGUAUUAAACACUUGAUAGUCAAGCUGAAGGUGUCUUUAACAAUGCCACGGUUGGUGUUGCUGCAGCUGACAAUGUUGCCACAGUUGAUGUUGCUGCAGCUGGCACUACCGCUGGCUACAUGUCAAGUUUCACCAGCGGUGUCCAGUGCUGUUCAGAACAGACCAGACGGGUUGCCCGAUUUCACUGAGGCUCAGCAGAAGAUGAUAUUAUCUCGGGCCGAAAUGCGACUUCGGGAAGAGCUCAGAGAGGAGGACAACUUCAGAUCAUUCGACGUGGCAGUUUCCAAGCCAGGGUCAACCACCGACCAACAUAACAAGUUCACAUUUACGUCAUCGAAGAGCGUUAUGCGUGGAAGGGAACAUCGACUGCACUUGCUACAAAUACAGGAAUUGGUAGAGGAGGGAAACGUACAAAAGACUGACAUCCCGAGGCUGCUAGAAGGAGGUUUGGGUCCAGAGAUUACAUGCACAAGUAGUCUUCCGUGCAACAGUUCCAGCUCUUUCCGGACAGCUGACGGCAGCUGCAACAACCUCGAGCAUCCCACGUGGGGAAUGGCCACUACGCCGAUGAGACGGUGGCUGGACCAGGAAUACGAUGACGGAAUAUCGUCUCCAAGAAAAGAAGCAACUGCAGGAGGGGUCUUGCCCAGUGCCCGCCUGGUCAGCACGACUGUCCACACCCCGUCAACAGACGCUGACCGCCACGCCUCCUACACCCACAUGUUGAUGCAGUGGGGUCAGUUCCUGGAUCACGACAUCACCAGCACACCAACACAGCAACUCGAAGUGUCGGUGGACGAUGGGCUAACUACAAGUGCAGCGACUCCCGAUUGCUGCGCGUCCUCACAGACAAGACCUCAGUGCUUUUCAAUUGAAAUCCCGGAGAAUGACCGACACUUCAGUGAUAGCUGUAUGAAUUUCGUGCGCUCUGUCCAAGUCGAAAACUCCAAGUGUCAAGCAGCUCCUGUGGAACAGCUGAACCAGCUCACAGCCUACAUAGACGCCUCACAGGUGUACGGGUCGUCACAGGAGGAACAGAACAAGCUACGGACUUUUGUUGACGGAAAACUGAAAACAAUUAACAGCCAUUUGCCUAAAGAUGAAUCUGAUGGAGAUGAAUGCACAACACCAAACAGCCCGAGCUAUUGCUUCUUAGCAGGUGACCAUCGAGUGAAUGAGAACCCCACUCUACAGAGCAUGCACACCAUCUUCAUGAGAGAACACAACCGCAUAGCAGGGACGCUGAAGCAACUAAACUGUCACUGGGGGGAUGAGAGAAUCUUCCAGGAAGCCAGGAGGAUCGUUGGCGCCAUGAUGCAGGUAAUCACAUACGACGAGUAUCUGCCUAUAAUUCUCGGCAAGGAGGAAAUGAAUAAAUAUGGUUUGACACUGGGAUCAGGCUUUGCUUACUCCAACGUCUACAACACAACAACAGACGCCAGCAUCAGGUCCGCCUUCGCUACGGCGGCUUUCAGAAUGGGACACUCCAUGAUUCGAAGCUUCAUCAAUAGCUUCAGUCCUUCCUACACCAACCUCGGUAAGGAUAAAUUAAGUGAGAGUUUCGGCAACACGACCCUUAUUCUUAAUGUCACCAACAGAAAGGUGGAUCAUUAUAUCAGGGGACUUGCUAUGGACGACAUGCAGGAUUCGGACUACAAGCUAUCGCAGGAGAUCACCGACAACCUGUUUGCUGACAGUAAUGGGAAUAGCAUGGACUUGGCUGCUCUCAACAUCCAGAGAGGAAGAGACCACGGACUUCCGUCUUACACCAAGUGGAGGAAGUACUGUAACAUUCCAGAGGCUACACCAUUCUCAGGACUAGCCUACACAACCCACACGGCAAAGGCUGCUGGUCACCUGAAAGACGUGUACAGACAUAUUGAAGACAUCGACCUAUUCCCAGGGGCUCUGUCGGAGAAGCCAGUGCCUGGAGGAAUGGUUGGACCGACCUUUACCUGUCUCCUGGCGAAGCAGUUCCAGGCCCUGAAGGAAGGAGACCGAUUCUGGUUUGAAGAGGACAACGCAAAUGUCAAAUUCACGCAAUACCAGCUGAAUGAGAUCCGGAAAGCGAGCCUGUCCAGGGUAGUGUGCGACAAUACGGACACCUACAAGAUUCAGAAGAACGCUUUCAUCAAAGGAUCUCCCGUGUGGUGCAGCACCCUGGAUGAGAUUAACCUGACACACUGGAGGGAGACCCAGCCCCUGGGUUUGUGGACGACCUGGCAGACAUGGGGCGGAUGUGACGGAGGCCAACAGACGAGGACACGCUCCUGCUCCACCUGCAGCUGUAUUGGCCAGAGUGCUGAGAAGAAGGCGUGCAAUCUGAAUCCGUGUGAUGAAGGAAGCUGGGGUCCAUGGAGUGAGUGCCGCAGAGGAAGACGGUCACGACACUGUUCUUGCACAAACGGGUGUUUGCGGAGGCAGCGUUCAUCGAUUCGGGUGGAUGGCGAAGACGAAGCAGCUGCUAUGUUUGCGCAUCCUCUGUUUGGCGAGGAGGAGAGUAUGACGGUCACUGCCUGUCUGUGUUCUGGUCUUGUCACCCAGGACAUGGCAUGUGCUUAGAUGACCGUGAUGAAAUCCACGAAAGUUCCGAAUUGAGACUCCCAGCAUACACGAAGCAUCAAAUAAAACGUCAAAUAUA